AUGGAUUCUCUCAGUCUACAAUGCGGGCAACUGGAUUCGCCCGACUAUAAGAAUUUCAUCCUCUCCAUCGAGAACAGCAACAAAAUCAACGAUUCUAAUCCAAAACCAUCCAGUCUAAUCGUCUUCGGCAUUCUCCUCUCCUACCUCCCCCAACACAUCCGCAUCAUCUCGUUGAAAUCCUCGUUCGGAAUCUCCCCCUACUUCGUCCUCCUCGGCACAACCUCCGGCUCGUCCGCCCUCGCCAAUGUCGUCUCCCAACAACAGAGUCUCCACGACAUGUCGUGCUGCAAGCAAAUCAGCGGACUGGGCUGCUUCUCCGCCCUCCUAGGGAUCCUCCAAGUCGGCACUCAAUGUCUCUGCUUUUUCCUAAUCCUCUUCCUCUUCGUCCUCUUCUUCCCCCGCCACCAGCACUACGGCAUCGACCACCGCCGGACCACCCCAACCUACCGCACCGCCCUCACGGUCGCAGGCAUCUGCAUCGUCCACGCCCUCGUCAUGCUCAUCACCACCCUGGCCGUCGGCCUCCGCCGGCCCGAGGCCCUCCAGUCCUGGUCCAACUUCUGCGGCGUGCUCGCCGCCCUCCUCGCCUCGGUCCAGUACUUCCCGCAGAUUUACACGACGGUGCGCCUCCGCUGCGUCGGCAGCCUCAGCAUCCCGAUGAUGUGCAUCCAGACGCCCGGCAGUCUCGUGUGGGCGGGGAGCCUGGCGGCGCGGCUGGGGCGGGCCGGAUGGAGUACCUGGGGGGUGCUGAUCGUCACGGCGUGUCUGCAGGGGACGCUGCUGGCCCUAGGCGUGUGGUUCGAGUAUCUGGGUCCCGACAAGGGCCACGGCCACGACGACGAGGGUGACGCCUCGAAUAAGAAUCCCGCUAAUGGUGGAACGGGACCGGCCCGUGGUGUGGAAGCAGAAGACGGAGAAGGAGGCCAGGGCCGGGAUCACCCGUCCGAGGAGACGCCGCUUCUUGGGGGAUGA